UUUCAUUCAUAUAUUUGUAUUUGAAAACCAACAACUUAUGAGAAUAAUGAUAAAUUUAUUAAUUUUUCUUUCAUUUUCGGAAAGCUGUCUACAAGCGAAACACACGGUUAGGGUUUCGAGUUUUACUGAGAAAAUGAAGUUUCUAUGCGUUUGGAGGGAGAGAAAGUGAGAGAAGGUGAUGCUUGUAGGAUGGAGACAGUGAAUCCGAGGCCACUGCAAGCGCUUCCAUUCGAAGAGCAUGACGAUGAUAGCAUGCAAGUACCAAUUGAGAUCAACGGCAACGAGGGAGGGUUCGAAGUGGAGGAUGUUACUGGAGGUGGUGGGGAGGCGGUGAGUGGAGGAGAAGGUGGGAGGAUGAGUUCAGUGAACGCUGAUGAGAAGAGCUCUGUGGUUGCGCAGCGCACCAGUGAGCUCACCAUAUCGUUUGAGGGUGAGGUAUAUGUCUUCCAUGCGGUCACACCUGAUAAGGUGCAAGCAGUGCUAUUGCUUUUGGGAGGGCAUGAAACACCUAGUAGUGUGUCUAGCUCAGAAUUUCUAUUACAGCAGAAUAUGAAGGGCUUAGUUGAUGCCUCAAAAUGCUCAAAUCUUCCACGACGAAUCGCUUCCUUGAUUAGGUUUCGUGAAAAACGGAAAGAGAGAUGCUUUGAGAAGAAAAUUCGGUAUACUUGCCGAAAGGAGGUUGCUCAAAGGAUGCAUCGUAAGAAUGGGCAGUUUGCAUCAGUGAAAGAGAGUUUCAAAAUGGCUACUGGAAACUGGGAUCCAAGCUCUGGUACUCCUUGUCCAGAAUAUGUUUUCCGUAGAUGUCAACAUUGUGGGAUUAGUGAAAAGUCUACUCCAGCAAUGCGCCGUGGGCCAGCUGGUCCAAGAUCUCUUUGCAAUGCUUGUGGGCUUAUGUGGGCAAACAAGGGCACCUUGCGUGAUCUUUCAAAAGGGAGUAGGAUGAUUCCUUUUGGCCAAGAUGAGCUGGAAACAUCAGAUGAUAUUAAGCCUGUAACCAUGGAACGAGAAAAGGCCUAUGGCAACCAUGAUGAGCUGCAGGGAAGCUCUGAAGAGAUGAAACCUGUACCAUUGGAGUCAGGAAAUCCUACUACAGGACAACAAAAUGAACAGAUAGAAAGCAAGGAAGAAUGUUAUCAGAAGAAAAAAGGGAGGAAUACUAAGGAAGAUGCAAGACUGUUCAAAUAAGAAAAGAAACAGAACUAAAGGUCCAACAGCUACAAUGCUACAUUAGUGAAUCCCUCUCAAGGAUCAAUAGGUGGAGAAUCCUGACAUAGGAGACAAAGGGGUCUAGCUUCUCUCUAUGCCAAACCUCCUGGUUAACUAAUAGGUUCCAUGACACAUCCAUUAGACUGGACUUGUAGAAAAACUCUCUUUGACAUUCAAUGGAUGACUUUCAAGCACCUAUAGUCAUAGAAACCAGUGAAUAAUUAUACUGAUUGCAGCCAUAUCUCCUUUUAGUAUCAGGUGUUAAGUGUCAAGAAUGGCUAGGAUUUCACCAGGUUUGGAGAAGUCUUGAAUUGUCAUACCCCAAAGUCUCAAGCCAUGGCUCCACUCAAAUUCAAUGAACAAUCCAUGAUUCCAGACUUUGAAGUGUGAAUAAGAUAAUUAAUACUGUUGAUGACAAUUAAUGCUGAAUUAUGUCUCAUUUCACAUUAACAACCUACCACCUAAGUGGCCAUGCACAUACCAUCAGGUACCAUCAUAAAAACUGAAGUCACAAGGCUUUUAAAAGCCAAUAGCAAAUCCAAAUAAAUUGUGAACAGGAGGAGUACUGUCCCCAAAUUGGGCGCCCAAAUCUAUAAGAUAAAGGUUUCAUCCAAAACUUUUAAUCCAAUGAAAAUAGGAAACUUACUUGAAAGCACCGGUGAACAAGGAGGAAAAUGUCGGGAUAUAUCGGCAAUAUAUCACCGAUAUAUAAUGUAUUGGGAGACGUCGACACGAUAUUUAGAGGAGAAAAAUUGUUGAAAAUCAGCAAAAAAUCGUCCAUAUAUCAGCAUCAGGCGAUAAAUCGCCGAUUUAAUGGAAAAAAAGGGUCUAAAAGAUUUUUCGGCCGGUCAAUGCGGGUCAAAGCACUACAGUGCUCCCGCUACAGUAAGCUACAAUGCACCCGCUACAACAGUGCACUCUCAAAAAUGCCUUUUUUUUGUGCCACUGAGGGGAUUCAAACCCUAACACAAAAGGUUUGGGGUUCAGCUCAUCAGACCACCAGGGCAAGUUUGCCCUUUGUUAAAUGUAUUGCACUAAAAAUAUAUAUUCAAAGUCAUCAUGUAAAGAAAAUUUUAAAAGAAAAUUUUAGAGAGCAAAUUAAUUAUAAUUAUUUUAUAAUUAAAUACA